GAGAAAUUCGAAAGUGGAUUCUGUGUCAGUGAGCAGAGGCUAUAAACUGUUGAAUAAAAACUGAUUAUUUUCUGGACCUGACUGGCUUUUAAUUUCAGAAGAAACAAUGGAAAGCCAAGAAUUUAUUGUCCUAUAUACUCACCAAAAGAUGAAGAAGUCAAAAGUGUGGCAAGAUGGAGUUCUGAAGAUCACUUCCUUAGGCAACAAGGCCAUUUUGUAUGACGACAAAGGAGCAUGUUUGGAAAGUCUAUUUCUUAAGUGCCUUGAGGUGAAACCUGGUGAUGACUUGGAAAGUGAGCGAUACUUAAUCACAGUUGAGGAGGCUAAGGCUUCUGGAAGCCGAGCUGUUAAAACAGAUGGUACUAGGGAAGCUCUGGAGUCAGGUCCAAGGUCAUUUAUAUCAUCAAGCCGGUCUCUUGGGUGUCAGCCCUCUGGCUUAAAAAGGAAGGCUACUGGCUUUCAAAGACCAUAUAAGGUACCAAAGACCGUGACUGUUACAGAAAAUGGUGAAUCAGCUGCCUCGUUUGGUGAUUUGGAACCUGGCCCAACAUUUCCUUCUCUGUUCUCCAGCACACUUCCUUUGUUUUCUGCUGUUGGUCAGAAAGAUAUAAGUCAUGUACCAGCAGACCAUGAGAAUUCUGUCAACUUCAGGAGCAGAGAGAGAUAUGACAGGCCUUUUUCACUUGUCUCUUCAGCCUUCAAUAUUAACUCAGACACACUAAUUAAAGAGGACAAGUCUUGCUCUCCCAUCACCUCUGAAACUCAGCAUUCAGACUCCUUACUGGCCAGUGAGCCCGUGAGAAGAAAUAGUUUGGAAUCUUACUGUCCUGGAGUUUCACGAAACCUCCGAAGCAAAGCACAAAUAUUAGCUCUUCUGAAGUCCAAAUCUACCAAUGUGAAUAAGGAUCUGACCUGUGAGAUUACAGGGCAAUUUCCUAAAAUACAAACACAGGGGUGUUCGAAACAAAAGGAAGAGUAUGCUGAGAGAAAGAACUCAGGGAGUGUACGCUCUGAGCUACGGGCAGAAAAUCCCCCAAGAACUACAAGCCGGUGGACCAUAUAUUUACCAUCCCAGAGCUCGCCCCCCUGUUCUCCUACAGAUGAGAAUGAUACAGAGGACAAACCUGAAGCCCAAGAAAAUGUGAACACUUUGAAUUUGUCUGAACUUUUGGUAGAAAAAAAGGCAGAGCUCUUUGAAACAUGUGCUGAAAAGGGAGAAUUGUACAGAGACGACAAGCCAGUAGACAGUAAUUGCCAGUACUGGAAUCAUGAAGAAAACUUAGGUGUGCCUUCAUUCUGUGAGAACAACACCUUACUGGUUAGCUGUAGCAGUAAAGAAAAUGUCGAUUUCUCGUUAAAACCUGACAUUCAGAACAGCGGCCAAGUUCUUUCUGAUCAGAAUGACAGUGUGUUUAUGGGAGGAGUGCUUUGCACUGGAGGGAGUAUCCGGGUGGCAGACACAGAUGCAGCCCUGGAACACGGGUAUCCGUCCUGUUCAUCAGAGAGAGAACAUAAACAAACUGAAGUUGAACCUUCUCUAAGUAACAACUCUAGGACCUCUGAUGACGUUGCAGACAUAGGUUCUAAAAGUAGAGCUGAUACAGAAAGUCUGGAUACUAUUUACCAACCUUCACAACCAUUUUUGGAAGUUUCUUUUAAUUUGAGCAAUUUUGAGACCAGUGACACUGAUGAGGCAUCACAAGAAGACAGCAAACUUUCCCAGGAUUCAGAGAGUAGGGAAAAGGAAGUUUUGCUUACAGAUGAUUCACAUGGGGACAUAGGCUGCCAAGAAAUUGCACAGAAACCCUUGCCACUCCUCUCCUCUGCCGGUGGCAGGCCUAAAGAGAGCCUCCCUGCUAAGGAGACCCUGUUGUCAGAGUUUUGUGAUAGAACCUGUGUGGGUUUUUACUCAGGCCCCCAUGAAGAUACAGACACUGGAAAAGCAGCACGGGAGCAGUGUGGUGACACAGGGAGCAGUCUGGACUCAUCGCAGGAGUGGGAUGAGGAGGUACCAGGAGUUAGAGGAGAAGAUGUGGAGAAAUCUAUCCAAAGAGAUGGAGUUAAGGAUGGUAUUGUUUUGCCCUCAAAUAAACCCAAAGGUAUAAGUACAGGUUUACAUAGUCCUUAUUUUUUAAACACAGUCACUAAUCCGGCUCCUGAAAACAGUGACCUGUUCUCAGAAGCCAGGAAAUCACCUGCCUCAGUAGUUUCACGUACUCUGCUAGAGCAUCCUCUUGAGCAGCGGACUUCUCAGCAGCCUGUUGAGUUUCAAGGACAUCAGGUGAAAGGAUCGGCGACUAGUGGUGUCAUGGUCAGAGGACACAGCAUACAGCUAGGAUGCAGUCAGUUUCCAAAUAGCAUUGACUAUGAAAACUUCAUGACACAGACUCCUGUUUGGACACCACAGUUGCCUAGCACUUGUGUGCAGACUAACUUCUUGCAGGUGAUUUCACCAGAACAAAAGAUCUCUACAUUGAGCCCCGCACCUACUUUUUCUUUUGACACAAGAAAUGAAGACUCUGUGCUUGAGUUCUCUGAGGAGUGUCUGAGAGCAAGGACUUUCCCUGGAUUGAAAAACACUGAUUUUCUGGAGAGUAAGGACCGUCAAGGGUUUCCAUUUGCAAGCAGAGCCCCGCUUGCCUUCAUUACUUUACCACCUGGUGAUGGGCCAGCAGUCUUAGAUUCUUGUUCGUUUAUGACUGAUGGCGACGCACGAGAGCCUUCUGGUUCUCCUGUGUUGGACCUGUGUGAAGAAUCGGUCCUUUCGUUUGCCCUUGGACCUGAGGACCAGGGUGAGCUUUCUUUCUGUGAAGGGUCUAGAGAAGGGACUCCAGAUGUUUCACAGAUUCCUAAGAAUUCUGCUCAAAGCAAGUGGCUGAAAUAUCAGAACACUCUCCAGUGCAACUCAGCUUCUCCCAACAGAAUUGACAGCGAAGUGACAGAGGGCCUCCUUGCUGAGGUGGUCUCUGGGAUGCAGUGUCGCCACACACAUGAGAGGCAGCGUAGUGCUGGGAAUGGAAGCUCUGUAGACUCUGUGCACUUGCAGGUGAUAAAAGGCAUGCUCUAUCAACAGCAGCAGGACUUUAGCAGUCAAGAUUCUGUUUCCAGAAAGAAAGCUCGUUCUCUGAACUCAAAGCACACUUCCAAGACUGAGGAAAUUCAAGCUAUGUUAGGAAGUUCCUCCAGCUACAACUCCGGAGUCAAAGAUUUACAGGAUAUAAAUGGUUCAGAGCUAUGCUUCCCAAGUGGGCAGAAAAUAAUAUCAACUUAUCUUCCUCAAAGGCAAGUUCACAUACCAGCUGUUUUCCAGUCUCCCACUCACUAUAAGCAGAUCUUUACAUCUUCUAUCAUAGAGCAUCUGAAUAUAUUACUGUUUGGAUUGGCACAAAGGUUAUACAAAGCCCUUUCCAAAGUUGACAUAUCCUUUUAUACAUCAUCAAAAGCAGAGACACUGAAAAGUGGAAAAAGUAAUUCACCAUCCUGCCAUCAUAAUCAACCUGCCAAACUAGUCAUGGUUAAAAAAGAAGGCCCAAAUAAGGGUCGUCUCUUUUAUACAUGUGAUAGGCCCAAAGGUAAUCAAUGUAAAUUUUUCAAAUGGCUUGAGGAAGCAACUCCAGGUCAGUUAUCACAGGAUGAGUCUCAGCCCAACAUGGUUUUUAAUGAUGUUAAGAGUAUUGGCUCGUAUUUAAGAAGUCAAAAGAUACCAGUCUAUGAGGAAUGCCAGCUUUUGUUGAGGAAAGGCUAUGAAUUUCAGAGAAAACAGUAUGGUAAACUAAAGAAGUUUGCAACUGUAAAUCCUGAAUUUUACAGUGGAACAAAAAGUAAGAUUUAUCUUAAGCUGAGUCGGAAGGAGAGCUCUUCAAUUUAUAAUAAAGGUGAUCUUUGGGUGAUUUCAAAAACCCUUGACUUCAAACUAGACACCUUCAUCGCAUGCAGUGCCUUCUUUGGGCCAUCUUCGGUCAAUGAAGUGGAGCUGCUGCCUUUGAAAGGCUAUUUUCCUUCUCAUUGGCCCACCAACAUGACAGUCCAUGCAUUAUUGGUUUGUAAUGCCAGCACAGAGUUGACCACUCUGAAAAACAUUGAAGACUACUUUAACCCAGCUACUCUUCCAAUAAUGCCACACCUGUUAACAAUGUCUCCGCCAACUACAUUUAGCAAUAAAAAUGUCAGUAAAAGAAAAUUUAUCCCACCAGCUGUUGUAAAUAUUAAAACAAAAAUUGAACUCCUGAACCUAGAAGCAACCCUGCAGUUAGCUAGUGAGUUGAUUGACGUACACACAUUGAACAAGGAUCAAGCUACAGCACUAAUUCAGAUAGCUCAAAUGAUGGCCUCCCAAGAAAGUGGUGAAGACACACUGGAGCCCUGCACCCAUUCCCUGCCUAUCACAAUUAUCCAUGGUGUUUUUGGAGCAGGCAAAAGCUAUUUGCUGGCCGUGGUGAUUUUGUUCUUUGUACAGCUGUUUGAAAAGUGUGAUGCUGGAACAAUUGGAAAUGGAAGGCCAUGGAAACUUCUCAUUUCUUCUUCCACUAAUGUAGCUGUUGACAGAGUGCUUCUUGGGCUUCUCAGUCUUGGGUUUGAAAAGUUCAUCAGAGUUGGGAGUGUUAGGAAGAUUGCCAAGCCAAUUUUACCUUACAGCUUGCAUGCUGGCUCAGAAAAUGAAAGUGAACAACUGAAAGAACUACAGGCGUUGAUGAGGGAAGACCUGACUCCUGUAGAAAGGGUUUAUGUGAGAAGAAGUAUUGAGCAGCAUAAACUGGGGACCAACAGAGCCCUGCUGAAGCAGGUCCGAGUCGUUGGCAUUACCUGUGCAGCCUGCCCGUUCCCCUGCAUGAACGACCUUAAAUUCCCUGUGGUUGUGCUGGACGAGUGCAGCCAGAUGACAGAACCAGCCUCGCUCCUUCCAAUUGCAAGGUUUGAGUCUGAAAAGCUAAUUCUCGUUGGAGACCCCAAACAGCUGCCUCCUACAAUUCAGGGUUCUGAUGCAGCUCAUGAAAAUGGAUUGGAACAAACUCUUUUUGAUCGACUUUGCUUAAUGGGUUACAGACCCAUUCUGUUGAGAACCCAAUACCGCUGUCACCCUGUGAUCAGUGCCAUAGCUAAUGAUCUGUUUUAUGAAGGAAACCUCAUGAAUGGCAUUUCAGAGACCGAGAGGAGCCCUGUGCUGGAGUGGCUGCCCACGCUGUGUUUCUACAACGUAACAGGAGCAGAACAGGUCGAAAGCGAGAACAGCUUUCAAAAUGUGGCAGAAGCUGCUUUUACACUCAAACUAAUCCAAUCACUGAUCGUAAGUGGAAUAGCGGGCUCCAUGAUUGGGGUGAUAACAUUAUACAAGUCGCAGAUGUACAAGAUUUGCCACUUACUCAGUGCUGUGGACAUUGGCCAUCCUGAUAUUAAAGCUGUGCAGGUGUCCACAGUGGAUGCCUUUCAGGGCGCUGAAAAGGAUAUCAUUAUUCUGUCCUGUGUGAGGACAAGACAAGUAGGAUUCAUUGAUUCAGAAAAACGAAUGAAUGUUGCAUUGACCCGAGGAAGGAGGCAUUUGCUGAUUGUGGGAAGUUUAUCCUGUUUGAGGAAAAAUCGACUAUGGGGGCGUGUGAUCCAACACUGUGAAGGAAGGGAAGGUGGAUUGCAGCAUGCAAGCCAGUGUGAACCACAGCUAGACCAUCUUCUUAAAGAUUAUUUUGAAAAACAAGCAGAAGAAAAACAGAAGAAAAAGGAAAAAGAAAAAUCUAAGGAUAACUCUCAUUAACAGAAACAACAGCCAAGCAUGGCCAGGAGUGUUGGAUUGUUGUAAAUUCAGAAUCUUUUUACAUUGUGUAUUUUUAAUAUUUUUGUUUAUUCUAAAGCCCCUAAUACAAAAAGUUACAUUAUUUAAAUAACAUGCCAAAUAAGUGCAUGUAAAAAUUUGCUCUUUAAAAAGACCUGCAUUUUAUAUUCAGAUAGGCAGAUGUUUGUGUGAUAGACAAAUGUCUUGUUUUUACAAGAGUUAGGAAGGCAUUCAGUAUGCAUAAAAAAUACAUGAUGGUCUCAAAAACACAGCCCUGGUCAAGACCACUAGCAGUUUCUUCUGACCUGGAAUAUUGGGAUUGAAAUACAUGAAUUGCCCCGGCAUUUAAAACUAAAACCAUUAACAAUAAAAACUUAAAUAAAAAAAUACAGGAGAGAAGGUGAGACACAGCACUAUGCCGCAUACAGUAGGUGCUGUCAGUCUCCGGGGAGUGGACAGGACUAUGCCGCAUACAGUAGGUGCUGUCAGUCUCCGGGGAGUGGGCAGGACUAUGCCGCAUACAGUAGGUGCUGUCAGUCUCCAGGGAGUGGACAGGACUAUGCUGCAUACAGUAGGUGCUGUCAGUCUCCGGGGAGUGGGCAGGACUAUGCCGCAUACAGUAGGUGCUGUCAGUCUCCGGGGAGUGGGCAGGACGAGCCACUUUCAGCUCUCCUCAGGUCUCCUCCCUGUGCAUUUAUUUGCAUAGUACUUACUGGUAUAUAUAUAGAAUAAAUGGGUAAUGUGCAAAAUAGAAAAAUGUACAAAAUACAGAAGCUAUAUAAAAGAAAACAAAAUUACUUAGAAAUCCACUAUUCAGGUUAUCAUUAACAAAUUGGUCAUCUUUCUGUGCUUAUAGUCACUGUAAAUAUAUACAUGUAAGUUUUAGGCAUUGUUAAUAAAGGAAUGUAUUCAUAUACAGAUGGAAAAAAUGGCAAAGUCUUGAUCAUAAUUGAUAUCAGUGUAUUUAUUUUUUAGCAAAUAAAA